GAAUGGUAGUGAAACGAAAGAUAAAUGUCAUUAUUCAUCUGUCAAAACAAUUCAGAGUUCUUUUAAGUGGAGUCAUUAGUCUUAAAGAGAAACAAAUUUUGUUUCAAAAACGAUCUGUAAAUAAUGCAAUCAUCAAACGAUCAACCCGGCAAACAGUAUUCGAAUCAAAAUGCAACUUCAUAUGCAGGACAUCCAGGCUAUAACCAGAAAACUGGCAUAUAUUCGUAUGGAAGUGGACAGGAUUAUCAAUUAAGAACAACUGCUACGAGCACAAGUGCAUAUACAAAACAAUCAAGCUACACAAUAGAUAGCUGUACUAUGAGCACCAAUGGAGAGAGUUUUGCCACUCAGUACGCCACCGAUCCAAACGUUACAUCAACCGCCAAUAGUUAUUUCAAUUUACCUUACGGUACGGCUACAUUCCUUGAAAAUGGUCACGAUAAUCCAUCAACUGGAAGCAUGUCGCACAAUUUGUCGUACGCAAAUCCGAUUGGUCUCCAUCCUAUGAUUUCGGACAAUAAAAAUUCAACGACCUACAUGCAGAGCAAUAGCCAAAUCAGUACCACCACCACACGUAGUGCAGAAACAAGAGAUAUGCCACAUGCAUCGUACGAUUCAUGUGUACCUCAACAGUCAACUGCUGAUAACAAUACCACCGAAUCUACCGCUCGAGUAUCUAACAUUGACCAUAUGUCUGGACUUAGCGUAACAAUUUCCGAUUUGACAAUUUCUGCAGCCCAACGACAACAGUGAUUGAAUCCUACUGACUCACUGAUUUGACUGACACCCAGUACAUCGGACGGGUCUCUAAUGGAUCUGUCGACAAUCUCUACAGAUCUUGCAUAACAUUGUAACUUUCCUCGUUCUUUUUUUUAAAUAAACGUGUCGGAUUAAGAAAUCAAGCUGG